CUAAUAUAGAUAAAAAAAAGUUGUUGAAAUUCUUACAAAGACUUCACUUUGGUUUGCAAGGAGGUGCAAUGAAAAUCUCCAAGAGAAAGAAGAGAAAAGAAGAUGAUGAGCAACCUAUGAUGAAUUGUAACAUACCCAAUGAAAUGGUAAUUGAGAUAUUAGGAAGAGUAGCUUGUCAAGAUUUGGUACAAAAUUUGAAGUUGGUAUGUAAGAAAUGGUAUUCCAUUAUCUACAAUGGAAGUUUUGCCUACUCACACUUUGAACACAAUAAUAAUAAUAAUAAGAAGAAGAAAUCCUCAUCAUUCUCUCAACUUAAGGCUCUUGUUAUUUCCACAAGUAAUGGAAAAUCCGUCACUGUUUCUUCCUUGGAAUGGCAUGAUAAUUUCUUAGAGAAACCAUUCGAAAACUUGACGAUGAAUGAUUGUAAAGACUUAUUCACUGUGGAAUAUACAUCAGAAUCACGUAUUGAGCAAAUGUCCUUUCAUAAGGCAAACUGUGUGAAUGGUUUUGUGUGUUUUUGGAGUACGCGUCAUGCUCGUUUUCACAUUUGUAAUUCAAUGACUAUGGAAUAUGUGACAACUCCACCAAAUCCAUAUUGGUCUUCAAUUAGAGGAAAUCACAUUACAGCUGGGCUUGGAUUUUGCCCAAUUACAUAUCAGUACAAAUUGGUCGUUUUUCAAAGUCACUAUGAUUUUGAUGCUCCUAAAUCAUCAGAAUUGGUGAAAGGUUCAAUUUCAACUAUUAACGGGAAGGACCAAUCAUGGAGGCCUUUAAAAUGGAUUGACGAUUCACUUGAACCAGGUCCUAGGUCACCGGCAUGUGUUAAUGGAGCGUUAUAUUGGACUACAAACACUACUUGUGCUGAUUACAGUCGAGGUAUUUAUGAUACAACAAUACUUGUUGCUUUCGACAUUGCUAAGGAAGAAUCUUAUGUGAUUGAAGUACCAAUAGAAAGUGAAGCACACCAUGUAAGUAUAGAGGAAAAAGGAGGAAAGAUAUGUUUGAUAACAAAUGAGCUGUGUCACGAUUCGAGAUGUAUAUUGUUCAAGGGAUACAUUGCUCAUAAUAUGAAUGAUCUGGAAAACUUAAAUUCAUGGAAACUAGAGUUUAAUGUGACAAUUUAUGACAUAUAUGGCGAAUUUGGUGACCAACACAUGAGCUUUACCAACGAGAUUUUGAUGGUUGAUACAUAUGAGAGCAUGUCUUUUUUCGAUGUUGCAACUGGAAAGAUAUUGGAUGAAUUUCAAACCUCCAAUAGCACCCGUUCAAUUUUAAUCCCUUAUGUGCCUAGUUUGAUAUCUCUUCACCAUCGCCCAGUAAGAGAAAAAAAAUACUUAGACGCUGUGUGCGGGUUGUAACUAUUUAUUUUCAAGUAUUUAUUUUUGUUAGCACGUCUUUUAUCAAAUUCUCCCUCCUACUGAUUCAACUACACUUAUUUAUUUUGGUUUGACUACACUGAAGCGAAAAUUAAAGACAUUCUUAUAUCGUGCUUUACUAGCAAGUAAAGAAUGCAUAACUCUCGCUACAAUGACUCUCAUCCUCCCAGGUGGACGAAAUGCACACGUACUCGCACUUCAAAAUCCCUGUGAUGAAAAAAUUUAGUUGUAACAACAAAGAAUGAUUUUAUAUAUGAAAUCAAUGAUAUGCUUAUUGCAAAGUUUCCAGAGAAAGCAACUUUGCCAUUGACGAGCAUAACAAUCAAACUCAGAUCUAUUACACACUUUGAAUUAUAAAUUAACUUUGAAAGAAAAUCAUCCCAUCAUAUUUCUAUGAAAAAUU